AAUUGACCUGAAAUUAACGCUUCAAUCUGCUAACCUAACCAGACUCCGAAGUGUCGUUGACCUAGGCCUGAGGUACUCUAGUGACUUGACAUUCUCUGAGCAAGUAGCAUCACAGACUAGAAAAUCGAGGAUGCUCUUAGGAUGCAUACUCAGGAACUUCCACGACAAUGAAGCCAAGCUAAUUCUGUACAAAACAUGUGUCAGACCACUACUAGAAUACUGUCCAUUUAUUAUAAGCAGCACUCGCACACGUGAUAAGCUAAGGAUGGAAAGUAUCCAACGAUAUUUUACCUCAAAACUACUUGGCUAUGAUUGUAAGAAAGACUACAUCUCACGGUGCAUGAUCCUAAAACUUGACCCACUUUGGACAAGGCGACUUAUUAUAAACCUAAUAUUCUUCUUUAAGGUCCUUCACAAAAUAUCAUUCUCAGGUAACAGGGACAUACAAUUCGCACAGGAAGGUUCUUACGAUCUGCGUAACCAAACUUCCACAGUGACAACUCAUUCUUUUAAGUCAACACUCCGUGAAAACUUCUUCACAGUCAUGUAUUCUAAAAUAUGGAAUAGCCUGCCCCUAGAUGUCAGAACUUGCUCUUCGGUUACAAGUUUCAAACGCUCUCUGCAUAGACUGUUUCACUCUACUGAUUAUAUCAAUAAACUAUUUACUCCUAAAACGAAUCAACUACUAAUCUACUACAGCACCUAAAAAACGCACUUCAACACCCUUAACAAUCUAAAAACCAUAAAUAAACUAGCAGCAUGGAUGCAUAAAGACUUAGUACGGAACAUACAGGAAUAGUUUACCCCUAGAAAUAGGACGUGUCACUUUAUUGUAACCUUCAAACGCUUGCUAUAUAAACUGUUUUAUCCCAAAGUCUAUCCCUACCAGAACUCAUUACUUACUUCUAAAACGCAUCAGUCAUUAGAACACUAAAACGCUCAGACUCAUUAAUACACAUCAUGACACUAAAUAGACUCUAAGACUUCGCAUAAAUACGUGAAAAGAACUAUAACUAAAAAUAAUUUUUUAAUAAUUUAUUAUACAAUUGACAUAAACAAUUAUAUAUAUACAUUAAUAUCCUUUUAAUGUUCACAUACUUUCUCUUUUUGGUACUCUGAUACUCCUAUUCAUCUUCUGGUCGAGGUCGAACAACCCUGCAUCUAAACUGAAAUGAGGAUUAAUUCCAAACCAUCUACCUCAUAACCACCCAAAUUCCAUGAACGAUCCAAUUCUACCAUUUGAAGACGCUGGCGAACAUGCUGUAAAUGAGUAUUCAUGAUCUGAAAUGAAGAAGCAACUGGUUUUCAAACAGUUUUCAACAUUUUUCUGAACUCACGAAUGCAGU